AUGUGCAUCUGAAUAUCACAAAUAUGCUUAAAAUCCUACGUGCAAGAAGACCCCUGUGUGGCUCCAGUUACCUUUGGGUUAAAGUUAAAACUUGGCACCUAAGGCUUCCCAUGUCUCGUCUCUGAGUAUCUCUUCAGCCUCAACUAUAAUAUAAAGUCCCACGCAAACUGUGUACUCAAGGAACUCUUCUGAAUACACCAACACACUCUCUUAUGCACAGAUAAUUAGUAUGUGCCCUUGGAGCAUCAGCAAGAGUGACCAUCUCUUGCCAGCAUUUUCUGGCAUUCUCCCCUUCCCCAACCAAGCUGAUCAGGGUACGUCUUUAGAGUUCCCAUCACAUUUCUGUAAAGACCUCUUUCAUAUAACCUAUCACAAUGUAAUAUAAACUUCCUUCAUCACACUGAGCUUCUUGAAAGAAGGGAUUGGAGUUUAUUCGUCUUAGUGCCCCUCAGAGUGCCUGGAUCAAAGAGGGGGCUACACCAGACCUCACUGAAUGACUGAAAGAACGAAUAGGCAUCAAUGAAUUAUCAAUCGUACAAGAUGCUUCCAAGAGGCAAAAAUGAAAGAAACGGUGAUUUUCAGGAGAACCAUUUCAGAAGCAUUGCGGGAGAAGCUGAAUAAGGGGUUAAAUAAUUUGAGUAAGAGCACAACAGGGGAAGAUUUUAAACAAGUACACAGAGGGCUGGUUGACUGAACCUAAGUUCUGAGUAAACUGGUUUAUAUACUGCAUGCCCUCAGUCCCAGGGAUGAGCAACGGCUUUAAAAACUUAGUUUAUACUUCUGACUAGGUAAUGCAAGCACAUCAUAUAGAAUUCUAAAUGUGAAAAGGGAAAUAGUAAAGCUCCUCCUCCUCUUCACACCCAUCCCCCGGCUCCUAAGUUCCAGUUGCAGAAGGAAUCAAGCACCUGGAGAUUUUAAAUUAAUAUAUAUGGAACUUGGACACGCACAACAAUGAAAAUUCAGCCCUAGCACACUGAAUACAGCAUAGUUAUGAAACACGGAAGCACUGGAAUUAGAUGAAUCCCAGCUCUCUCGCUCCUAACUAUGUGACCUUAGAGAGGCCAUGCCAGCAGGCAAAUGCUGAGCACACACAGGGAAAGGAAGCAGGAAGACGAGGAUCCGAAUGGUCGAACGGUAGGUCAAGCUGGAGGCCUGGACUGGAAAGAAGCCAGAGAAUGAGUGCAAGCCGGGAACGUGUGGCCAGAGACAAACCUGAAGUGAGAGAACUCAAAAGGAUGCCUUGGGCACCAACCUUUUGAAAGAAGAACUCAGCUUCCUCCUCCCAGUCUCCCUGGGCCAUUUCUGGGAGUUAGAGAUUGGGGAUUCUCAUAUGCUCGAGGACAAACCUCCUGGCCAAGGUGCCUUACCAGCCACAGCCUCAGGUGCUGCAGCCUCCUUGGAGAACCCGCUCUGCUACUUCGUCCCCACCCCUACCCUCCGCAGCGGGGGAGGUGUGCGUGGCAGAAAAACAAACGGGAUUAAAGUCCAGGGCUGGGACUUCCUCCUUGGGGUGUUUGACAAGGACUGACGUACUCUAGGCCCUUUGAAUCCCGGAAGUCCAGGACACACCCAACUUUUGGUGCAGCAUCCUGAAUGCCGGAGCAUAGGUAAAAGGACUGAAGCAAACAUUUCACCAUGAGGGACCCACUGACAGAUUGUUCGUAUAAUAAAGUAUACAAGAACCUAAAGGAGUUUUCUCAAAAUGGAGAAGAUUUCUGCAAGCAGAUCACAUCCAUUCUUCAGCAAAGGGCAAAUUUGGAAAUCAGUUAUGCCAAAGGACUUCAGAAACUGGCAACCAAACUGAGCAAAACAUUACAGAGCACAAAGAAAAACUGUCUUGUCAGUGCCUGGGCCUGGGUCUCGGAGGGCAUGAAGUCGGCAGCGGACCUGCAUCAAAAACUUGGCAAAGCAAUUGAGUUGGAAGCAGUAAAGCCAACUCAUCAAGUCCUGAGUGCACAUGAAAAGAAGAGAAAAUCACUUGAUAAUGAAGUUGAAAAGACAGCAAAUCUUGUCAUUAGCAACUGGAAUCAUCAAAUUAAGGCCAAGAAGAAAUUGAUGGUUAGUACCAAGAAGCAUGAAGCGCUUUUCCAUCUUGUAGAAAGCUCCAAGCAAAUUACGACCGAGAAGGAGAAGCAGAAGCUCCUCAAUAAACUGAAAAAAUCAACUGAGAAGUUGUCAAAAGAAGAUGAAAACUACUACCAAAAAAACAUGGCCAGCUGUUCUGCCAGACUGAAAUGGGAGAACACACUGGAAAAUUGCUUCCAGAGCAACCUGGAGCUGGAGAAGGAAAGAAUUCAACUCUUAUGCAAUAACUUAAACCAGUACUCCCAACAUAUUUCUGUUUUUGGCCAAACCCUGACCACAUGCCACACGCAGAUUCACUGUGCCAUCAGCAAGAUAGAUGUCGAAAAUGAUAUCCAGGCUCUCGUGGAAGAAACCGCAGUUUUAUCUACAGAAAAUAAAUCUGAGUUCCUAUUAACUGAUUACUUUGAAGAAGAUCCUAAAAAUGCAAUGAGUAAAGAGCGACAGGCAUCUUCAAUAAAAUCAAAACUGUUGAGACUGCAAAAAGAUAUUGAAAAAGCCUCACGAGACCAGGAAGGCCUGGAACGAAUGCUGAAGGCAUACUCCAGCCACUCCUCCUUCUCAGACACAGAGAGCCAAAAAAGCACAGCAGCCUUAAUGGACGAGAAUAACUUGAAACUAAACCUUUUGCAAGCAAACGCCUAUAAGCUGUCAUCCGUCUUAGCAGAACUUGAGCAAAGACCUCAACCCAACCAUGUCUGUAGUAACUCCAUCUUCAAGUGGAAAGAAAAGCAGCAGACCCAUAGUUCUGUAAAAAUAUCUCGGCCUUUUCUGACAAAGAGAUUAGAGAAUGUUGUGAGCAGGUCAUCUUCUGGUGGGCAGAGAAUUCCAAGUUCUUCAUCUACAGCCUCCGGUGUGACCCAGCUCGGCAAUGGUCUUUGCAAGGCCUUAUAUUCUUUUCAAGCCAGGCAAGAUGAUGAAUUGAAUUUGGAAAAAGGUGACAUUGUGACUAUACACAAGAAGAAAGACGAAGGAUGGUGGUUUGGUUCUUUAAAGGGAAAAAAAGGCCAUUUUCCUGCUGCUUAUGUAGAGGAACUCCCUUCAACUGCCGGGGCCACAUCUUCACAAGCAUAAGCAAGAUUCUGAAGGCAUCGCCUUACACUCUGUAAAUUAUACAAUGUGGUGCAAAUAAAGGCGAAAGCUGUGA